CUCUCUCAAGCUGUAGCCCUGUUUCUUGCUGACCGGUGGUGGUUAGUUGAUGACAUUUUGAAAACAUCUGUUCCUUCUAGAGAAGGGCUUCAGCAGGUGAAUUCUGUGGGGGAGAGGAUAGUUCUGUAUGUUCUGAAUCGAAUUAUCUAUCGCAAAAAUGAAAUGGAGAGAAACGAGACCCCAUUCCUUUGUCACAACAGUGAUGACUAUGCUAAGAUCAUGUGGAGAAAAGGAGAGGCUGUUGGGUUCUAUUCUGUUAAACCUGCAGGAGCUUCUGUAAGCCCAUACCAUACUUACUGUUACCAGCUACCAGUGCUGGACACAAUCUUUGUAAGAAAGAAGUGUCGUGGGAAAGACCUGGGGCUAAUGAUAUUAGAAGACUUUGUGGAAUCUUUUACUGAAGCCCCUCUUGGUCUACGGUAUCCACUAUCAUCUUUCUUGUUCAAAGCUUGUAAUCACUAUUUUGAGAAGCACCCUGGGAAUAAUGACCUUUUUUGCGAAGUGGAAGGAGCUGGAUUUUGGUUCCAGAGAAAAUCCAUUGUCUCUGUAUUGCAAAAGAAAGAACUCGCAAAGGGCUCUCAGAAAGCAAGUGUGAGUUUCCGGCAAUCUGCAGCAAAUGAACGGAAGACUGAGCCAGAAACACAGCUAAGUGCUGACUCUCAAAAAGACCAAGAAUCAUUGGAUGACCAUGAAAGCACAUCUGAAGAGCCGAGCGUAGCACACGUUUCCAUUCAGACACGAAUCAGUCAUUUAAAACGUCCCAAGACAGGAAAAAAUAGCCAGGAAUCUGGACCUGAAAUAUCGCAAGGAGAUGAGGAAAAUGUUCCUCGUGCAUCAGCAGGCAGGCCAGAACUUCCCACUCGCACAUCUAAACGCUUAGAAGUUAUUGAGGAAGAACCUGAGGUUGAUGUUGAAAGUGGUGAGGAAAUGAUCACUUCAGAAGAGGACCAGAGUGUAUUAGAAACUGAGCUACAUACAUCACCAUCUGAGAAGUUGAGUGAGAAGGAGGGAACUCCAUCUGAAUCUCUUAAUGGGGAGGUAGCAGAAGAAACUAGUAAGACCUUCAUUAUCACUGAAGAGGAAACUGCAAGUGAAGUCCUAGGAGUUGAAUCAAAGUUGCAGGCUGAGAGUCAAGAAGAACCCUUAACACUGCUUGUUCCAUUAAUCCUUGAGUCUUCAACAAAGCCUUCAGAAGACACUGUGUCAGAGAAGGUUUUAAAUGCAAAUGAUUCAGAAGUACUGACUGAAGAAAGUGCAAUGGUGGAGAAGAAGGGCAUUGAGGAAGACAAGCAAGAACCUGAAGAAAAAAAAUCAUCCACUGAAAAUGUAAAUGCUUUAACAUCAAAGGAAGAAGUCUCAAACAAUGGGCUACCAAACUCUACCAAAAGUGAAGCAGUUAAAGAAGCUGUUUCUGAAAGCGUGGCACGCAAACCAGCUUCCUCAGUGGAAGAUCAAAAUGAGGAAGCAGAGCAGAACUCACAGGAGGCUUCUGUUGCUUUGGGUCAGAGCUCCUUGAUAGUGGUUGAACUGGAGAGUGUUUCUUUUCAGCAGCCUUCUGGACAGGAAGGACAGAAGAACCAGACAGAAGAGCACUUGGAGGAGUCUUCUGAGCAGACAGAGCAGUACACGCAGACAGAGCAGUACACGCAGACAUCAGAGCGGGCGGCUGACAGCAGCUCUGAGGAAGCAGAAAUUGAGGUGCCCGUUGUGGAUCGGAGAAACUUGCGGAGAAAGGCCAAAGGUUACAAAGGUCCACCCAAGAAAAAAGGAAAGCCGGCUUAAAAUAAGUUGUUAAUUCAUCUAUUUGUACAAAAAAAACUUAUGUAAAACACUAGGGUGUAACUGAAACGUAUAGGACACAGACAUUCAAAAUAAAUACUGGGUUGGACUUCCUUUUGAGAUUCAUCACCUUUGCUCAAGAUUUCUUAAAUUUUUAACCAGUAGACAUUGAUCUUCUUCAGAGUAUGAAAAUAAGCAGCUCGUCUCCUUCUUUUAUAAAGCAUACAUGCUAAAUAAAGUUGUGCUAGCAAAGGAACAGUUUGCAUAUUUCAGGUGUCAGUCUUGGAAGGAAAAAUGAAGUGUGAAAUUCUGGCUUUGUUAAAGUUACUAAAAUUUUCAUAGAAUUUCAUGAGGCCAUUCAUCACAAAUUAUUUUAAAAGAAUUUAAAACAUUCGAGUGUUCUGCAUCUCUCCGCAGUAGAGAACAAGAAACAUCCCUCCUCUCUUCUUGUUAACUCCCCACAGGCUUUUUCAGAUGAGAUUAGAAGAAUGCCAGAUUGUAAUUCUAGGUCUCAAAAUAUACAAGAAGUUAUAACUCUGUAGAUCAAAACAGCAUAAUGGAGCAUCUAUCCUUCAUUGAGUCAAACUGGAGAGAAUGGCUCUGCUUCUGACUCCAAACUAGCAAAUUUGAUUUGCUAAUCACUUGAAACAGCUGAGUUACCAGUAACAAAAGCAGCGCAGCAUCUACCAUAGCACACACCUGAAAUAAAGUUUAGAGUUUAGAGUUGUGUGCACAGUAAACUAUAUCUGUAGCUUCCGAAGUGAAUGUCUUAUUAAGUGUGAGUUUUCCCAGAAUGUAUGGAGUGAGGGCUCCAGUACACUUACGAAAUUGUUUGAACAGCCUUCCUAACUACUUGCAUGUGCUGAAUGGAUACUUGCUUACUUGUUAUGUUAUGGGACAAGACAAUUUUUGAUCUAGUAUUGGUCUGAUUGGAAGUGGUGCUUUGUGUUUUCCGGAUAAUUAGCUGAUGCUGUUAAAAUGUUGUAACUGCCAGGUAUGUGACUCCUGUGAACUCUGAAAUUUCAGGUGAUUGUGACAUUUAUUAGUGUCAAAGUAUUAGUGGAUGUUUCAGCGAAUGCUUUUUUUUUUUUUUUUUUUCCUAAACUUCUAUGCCUUUAGGUGUUAUCAGGAGAUUGUUGCAAAUAUUUGUGAUUCCCACUUCCUUUUUGUAAAUUGAUUGUAAUUUCUAGACGAUUCCCAGUUCAUAGAUCUUACUAAAAACAGGAACUAAACCUUGCUAUAUACAAGCAGAAAUACAAACAGGCUAUUAUGCAUAUUUAUUUUCAGAAAUUCUCCUAGCAAAGUAUAUAUUUAAUAUAAUUUGUCAGCUUUACAUUGAGUUACUCCUUAAUUUGCAAUAUGUUUAUAUCAGUAAGUGAAAUUCCUCUUGUAAAGAGCUGAAAAGUAAGGAAUAAGAAAGAACAGUGGUUCUAGUAACAUGAAAUCACACGGCUAUUUGCCGUGCUAUCUAAUCUUAGAUUAAUAAACUAGUCUCCUACUGUGACUUGGAAGUGCUGGGCUUCUGAAAAUUGAUAUUAGGCUUCGCUUGAAUAGUUGCAGUGCUGUCUUAAUUUUUAUCCCUCCAUGAAGCUGAAGUAAGAAUCUAUUUUAUGCCUAUAGUUUAAGCCUAUUUAUAAAGUGUUUUAGCUAAGAUGUACUCUUAUUAUUUAUUUCACCUGUUGAAGUACAAUCCUAUUUUUAAUCUGUUAAAAAAAAGGCUUAUGUGGGAGGUGUUGCUUUUGUUUUUAUUAGACACAUGUAUUACACAAAUUUUUGAUUCAAACUUCAGAGUUCAGAGUGGAUAAGAUAACUGAGUUUGUUGGAUGUUGAGCAUGGUUGUAACUCCCUGUCAACGUGCAGUUACUACUUAUGAACACUGCAACUGACAAAUGUUCAAGAUCUCUUAUGGUUGUUUGUAAACACAUUCAAGUGAACCUUAAGAAUUCCUAAAACUAAUUAAACAUUUUUUAUAUAGCAUAUGGAACAAAACUUGUUACCGAUAGUAUGAUUUGUCUUAUAAUGCAAAGUUACUGUAGAAAAACAACAACAACAACAACAACAAAAAUACAUACAAAGCACACAUCUGUUACAUUGCUAAGGAUGAACCUGAUAGUUUAAAAAAUGCUCUUUGUAUGCAGUUUUUAGUCAUUCAUUUUGUGUUUGCUAGAGCAAACUUUACUACGUACUAAUCUGUUAAAUACUUCAAUUGGUACAAAUAUAUUCACAUUCAAGAAUUCUGUUGUUCACAAACAACUGGGAGCCACUUAUUUCCCUUAGAUGGAUUUUUUUUUAUGCAUAUGUUUGUCAUUUGGUUUUCCCUGUAAGGAUGGAAAACCCGUUGUGAGAAGGUUAUUUAACUUCUGAUAUUUCUUUUCGUGGCUAAGUUGGAACUAGUUUCAAUUAGUAUCUUAUUCUUUGGACAUUUAUGUAUUGAAUGCAGGGAAAACAGAAUUAUUAAAUGAGGUCAGUCUUGGUUUCUGCUGAAAACAGUCAGGUAUCUGAUCAAAUUCCAGAAAGUUUUGAAAUACUGAGCUAAAAUUCAUGUCUUUGGGUGUACUCUUGGGUAGCUAGCUCUGUUUGUUUGGGGUACCUGAGAUAGUAGCUAAUGGCCUGAUUGUUAUCUACCUAUUGUGGGCAGUCAUGGUGCAAUUAGCAGUUCUAAUAAGCAGUAUGGUCUUGAAAUCUAGAAAUAGUUCUUAACUGUGAUCACAGGAGUACUUCGAGCUAGAGUGGAGUUUGUUUCUCUAAUAAUUUCUUGGGCAUCAGUUGUCUUGCAGUAAAUAUUGAGUAGCCAGACCAAACUACUGAUUUAAAUAAUAGUUUGUAUUGUUGUGAUGAUUGUCCAGUUGGAACAGUAGUUUAAUAAUCUAUACCUUUCGUUACAUUGAAGCAAGGAAACUUAUCUGACAGCAGUAUCGACUGAAAUGUUUUACCUUGGGAAAAACUGUUUUAUGCCUUGACAGUUUUUCUUUUGUCGGUUCACUGUCUGACUUGAAUUGCUAAAGAAUUUAAGAUCUUACCACACCAGCAACCAAUGAUUAAAACAUCAAGUUCAUUUGUUUGUACCAGAUACUGUUACGGUAUGCUGAGAACUAGAUGUGUAUGGUGAAAGCGAGCAGUAUUAUUUUGAGCUUUAUUUAGCCUGGGAAUGGAGUUUAAAGAAUCUUUAUUUGUGAUUUCAACCUCACACUUAAAUAGUAAAUGGUUUUGUGUUUGAAUGCAUCACUUGUUAAAACGUUUCUCUUGUACUGCUGCUUAAUUUUCAAUAGAACUUGCUUUGUCUCUCAUGGUUUUUUAUGGUUUCUUCAUUUCUUGCAGAAUUCUUGUUUGCCAUUCUUAUGUUCCAUAGCCCUUUACAUAAAAAUAUGUAUUUAUUCCAAUUUGGUUUAAAUUUGCUUUAAAUAGGUCAUACUUUGUUUGUUGGUGUACUUCUUUUCCAUUUCAUUUGUGGGUGUCAGUAAUCAAAUCGAUCAUUUAGAACUUAUCAACACUACUGGGAUGAAAACAGCAAUAAAUAGGCCUAAGUUUCAUCCUUUCCUCGAGUGACCGUUAAAAGAUAUUACCAUGGGGAUAUACUUCUAUAUUUAUUUUCAUGAAUGUGGUGUUAGAUGUUUUUUAAACUAGUGUUUAUAAAUCCUAUGAAAAAUGUGAUGCUGUUCUAGAGUACUGUACUUAGAGCUAGUUAGUGCGUUCUGAAUUUUCCUUUCUUUGUAUUGUCUUGACUGCUUUGGAAAUGUUUUGAAAAAGUAAUAAAACUUAUUUUGUGAUUUAUUUUUAAGUAUUUGAUUCCUUUCUGCUAUGCAGGAGGCAUCUUUUAAAGUGGUUUAAUUCACUAGAACAAAACAGUGUAGUUACAUUAGGUGGUAUUUUGCAAUCUAUUAUCUUGCAAUCUGUCUGCUACCGAAGAGCUUUAAAUGCUGUAAGCAUAUUCAUUGAAAAAGAAUUCCUGUACUUUAAAAAAAAAAAAAAAAACCGUAUUAACUUAUGCAUCUUACGAAGCAGCCUAUUCUACAGCUUUUUAAGUAUGUUUACUGUAUGCAUUUUGCAGUUCCCAUCAUCCUGCAGUACUAUGAUCUUAUCAACUCUGUAUAGUGUUUAAAAUGUAAUUUUAUUUGCAAUAAUUGUAUUACUCAGCCAACAAGUCAUGUAUUUACAACACAAAAUAUAGUAGUGCUCUUGAGGCAGCUGAGUUUAUUCAUGUUAUUAAAAUGCAUUAAAAGGUAAUGUAACAUUUUGACAAAAUGCCCUCUCCCCAAGCAAAUUACUUACUAGCUUGUGACCUGCUUUUAGUUUUGAAUCACUUACCAUUGCAGAAAUAGACAAGAACCAUAGUCAGUUACAGUACAGAGUCCAGUCUAAGGCAAACUGGUAAACUAACAAAGUAGCCUGUAAGAGAGGGAAACAGUUAAAGUACUGCUUUUGUAAGAUGGUGUAAGAGAAAUCACAGAACGUGCAGAAGCAGGAGGCUCCUGGCUAGAGUUCCUGAUCUGGAAAUGCUGUUACGGUCAUGAACAUGAUUGGAGCAUCGCUUGUACAUGAGGCUGAGAGUGCUAGAGUUUAGUUAAAAGGUCUGAGGCUGGGGCAGCAGACAUCUUUCCCUUCUGUACAAAUACCUGCUCUGAGGGCAUAAAGAUGGAACCAGAUUCUUAGUGGAGCUCAGUAACAGAAUCACAGAAUCAGAAUCACAGAACGAGAAGCAGUGGCUACAAACUGAAAAAAUUCCAUUAAACUUCCUAACUUAUAAACACUCAGGGUGGUCAAACACUGGAUCUCAUUGCCCAUCGCAAGUCACCAUCCCUAGAGAUAGUUAAAACCUGUCUGAACAUGGUCCUCAGACCACUAUAGUUGACUCUGAUUUAAGUAGGAGGCUUAGACAGUUUCGGCAGGUUCUUUCAAAUUUUAUCUGCCAUCAUCUGGUACUCUGCUUAUUCCUGUAGCUUGUUGCAGGCAUGACAGGUGCAAGUAGCUGCCUCUUUUGUGUUUAAAAACAACCCCCCAGACUUCUCACUAUUUGGCUUCUGAAGAACCUUGAGCUUUGUUUGAAAGUCCCCUCUUACAAUGUUGUCGGAAUAAGAGGGUUCUCAUAAACUGGAAAAAAUUAAGGAUUUUACUUCAAAUUUGUGCUUAAAAGCUCCUCUGCUUGAACUGAAGUACUCUGUAAAAAUAGGAAUAAAUGGUGUGUAUAUCAGUGUGUGUUUGUAGUGAUAGAUGGUGCCUAGUUUAUUUACCACAAAAUUCUUGUCUGGAAGAAGUCAGUGUAAAAGCAGUUUUUGUUUCCUGUAUUUUGAAGAUGGAAGCUAAAUAUACACUACCAACUGAUGCUUGCGACUUCAGUUUCACUGUAAUGUUUCUUAAAAGCACCCAAGAUUGCUGUGGUGAAUUGUAAUAUCAGUACUGUUGUGCCACUCUCACAUUACUGCCUUCUGAUAUUUAAAGGAAUAUUACAAACAGGAGGGAAAUCAACUUUCUACACAGGCCGAUAGCGACAGGACAAAGGAGAAUGUUUUAGUUUUAAACUAAAGGAGGGAAGAUUUAGAUUAGGUGUCAGGGAGAAGUCUUUCACUGAGUGGGUGGUGAGGCACUGGUACAGGCUGCCCAGAGAAGCUGUAGAUGCCCUAUCCCUGGAGCUGUUCCAAGAUUGGGCUGCAUGGGGUGUUGGGCAACCUAAUCUAGUAUCUGAUCUAGUGGCUGGCAACCUUGCCUGGGGCAGGGGGGUUGCAACCCAGUAAUCCUUGAGGUCCCAAGCCAUUCUAUGAUUCCCUUCCUGCACACUCACAUAGCAUUUGUGAUCCAAACCCAUCCUUCUCCAGGGCAAAUACCAAACUGAGAGUUAAAUUUCUAAUGUCAGUCUGCAGCAAGACUGCAUUCUUCCACACCCCAACUGCAUUCCCAGCAGCAGGCUGCAAGUUCUUACGUAUCUCCAUAACUUCAGCUUUACAGUAAACCAUCGCAGGAGAUAAUGGCUGUACUU